AUGGAUUUUAAACUCAACUUCAAGUGCUUGCAUAGUUCCGUAGUACCUCUUACAAAAUCAAAUUUGCUGAAAGUAACAGCUCAGAAAUCAAUUGCAUUUGAUAUUGAUGGAGUGAUUACAUUCAUUUCACAAAGAGAAAGCAACUGUGCUGGGUUUGACCAACAAUUGUGUAAUCGGUUAGCAUCAUUGGAUACAACUAAAAGACAACAAGAAAUGAAGAAUGAAGAGUUCAAUCAUAAAACCAUUGCGAACUUCUACCACUUAAAGGAAUCAAAAGAAUUACAAUUCACUUUAUAUUUACACAAAUUUCCUACGAUUUCGACUUCAACUUUUUUCCCUGAUUUGAUUUCUCCUGGAAGUUUAAAAAAAGCAAUUCUUAAGAAUUUCUAA